AUGGCCACCCAACAGGUUCUCUUCGCCGAGACGAUUGCCGGCAUGAAAAAGGCCUUCAAGCGCAAGGCAUAUGAGUCUGAUUCCGACUCCGAAAUCGAAAAGUACGGCAACCGAGGCCAAAAACUCAAGAGAAAGGCUCGAUUGUCGCACAGAGGGCAAUUGGUGCCCUCAGAUGGUAUCGGCUCAUACAAUGAGUCUGUAGAGUACGCCGGUGUGCGACGGUCGAUCAUCCAUCGCAACCUGCCUCUCGUAGACGAAGAAGGCUACGAAAUCGAUAGCGACGACGACGAAGCCCGCAUUGAAGAAGCCCUGGCCGCCGCCAUGGAGCUAAAUCCAUACGCCAACAUUAAUCUAGACAGUACGAGUUUCGUCGGCUUUGCCCCCUUCAGCAAAUUGCUAACAGUGUUCCCAGAUAUUCUCGCUCCCCUGACCGCAUCAACCGAUUUAUCAACGCAUCCGACACUGUCCAAACCCUUCACAUCGCAGAAGCUGACCGACCUUGCCUUUCAGAGCAGUACAAUGCUUCGUAGGGAGAACCUCUCACUCUGGCGAGUCCGACAUCUUUGGACUGGCCUUUGCGGCGACUACACUUGGGCGCCUUGCCAGAUGAUGCUGGGAGCGAAUGAUUCCGACCUCUUCACAGACGAUCAUGUUGCGCAACAUUUAUUAAGCCUUUCCAAGCCAAAGGGACAAGGAAACAGCGGGGUUUCAACACCCGCCACAGUAACUGCGCAGGCACGGAACGAUGACGCCGAAGCCACGGCCAAUUCAGUUGAUCAGUCCCGCGAAAUCGUACCCCUCACAGCGACCUCAAACCAAGAGGCCGAUGUGCCCAUGGCUGACGUUGGCUCGACAGACCCCAAAGACAACAAUGACGGUAACAGCGCCCAGUCAAACGGUUUAAGUAAGACUGCAGCUGUCAACGGAGAUGAGAACUAUAAGGCUGGCAAUAAUGAGGGGGCAGAGAAAGGCCAGGAUGGUGAGAAGGCGGACCCAGCUCUGCAACCAAACAACAUCGUCGGUGAAGAUCACCAAGACCCUCACGUGCCGGAGAUUCCCAAGCUCUCGGCGCUCUUGGAGGCUUCCGAGGACAGCUUUAUUCACCCGAUGUUUCUACCCCCAGCCGGAGCCAGCCCCGACAGAGACCUAGGGCUGCCUGAACAAGAAGCCGAGGAUGUCCGAAGACUGCUUGCGCUCUUCGUCCAAAAACAAGAGGAAGUCUGUCGCGGGGUUAAGAAGCUGCACGAUGGUCUGUACAAGGCCCAGCGCCUACGAAAAAACGUUCUGCACUGGUCCAAGGCAGAGGCGCACUGCGGCCCGAACCGUGACUUGUCCGACGGUGAGGACUGGUAUGAUAAAGAGGAGUGGGGUCUCACGGAAGACUUGAAGAAGGGUCAAGAUGACGAGGAGGAAGACACGACAGCCACAGCCAAAAAGACGAGGAACCGAAAGUAG